CUGAUUCAUUCAUUCUCCGCCGUCUGGAGCCCGAGGCCGCCGGUGCUGCGAGGAGAGGCGGGAAGAGGGGGCGGCCGCGAGCGGGGCUCCAUUGUGCUCGGCGGGGGCCGGGAAGCCGAGGGAGGUGGGCUGGGGCCCCCCGCGCUGCUCCCCGGCGGCCGCUGCGCCCCCAGCUAGCCGCCAGCCUGGAAAUGGCUCCGCUGCUGCUCCUCGAGAGAACGAGUCGAUCCCCCCCAGCCUUCUCCGCCUGCUCUCCACCUCCUCUCUGCUCCGAGUCUUAGGAGGACGAACCUUCAGAGGACAGAUUCCAAUGUGGUGUGCCGUGCACAUCGCGAGCGGCCGGGGUUUGCAAACACUGGGAGAUUUUUUUCUAUCGAUUUUUUUUUUUUUUUUAAUGUAAGCGAAGGGAGACAGUGGCAUUGCUGCCUGUAGGAUUUUUUAUUUUUUUUUUUUUUUAAAUUAAAGUGCACGUCGCGUUGGGUUGCACGCUCCACCCCUAGGGACCUGGUGUGGUGAAAUUUGAACCCACCGCCUUAGCCCAGAGAAGGCCGAGUUACCUGGUUGCCUGGAGUGUCGAGGGGACGGGAGCGAAAUGACCAGCGAACUCGUUUUUCAUCAGACUCGGUGAAGCUGGGUUUUGCGUUUUCCUCCAUGUACACCUGAUUUUGUGGAAUAGUUUGAGUGCUAUAUUCUCCGCGCAACCUUUUCAUUUCCAAAUAAGCAAAUGUUUGGACGUUUUGGUAUCAGCGCGAGUCAGAUCCUUUUACCGACAAGAACUAACUGAAUUGUCAGCGCCGUUGAAUUACCUCCGGAAAAGAUCUCGGGGGUGGAAAAGCACCUGCGAAAUAACAGACGGAGAAAAUUCCUUGGAAGUUAUUUCCGUAGCCUAAGAGCAGAAACUUCAGAGCAAGUUUUCCUUGGGCAAGAUGGGGGAACAACCUAUCUUCAGCACUCGAGCUCAUGUCUUCCAGAUUGACCCAAACACAAAGAAGAACUGGGUCCCCACCAGCAAGCAUGCAGUUACUGUGUCUUAUUUUUAUGACAGCACAAGAAAUGUGUACAGGAUAAUUAGUUUAGAUGGCUCAAAGGCAAUAAUAAAUAGCACCAUCACUCCAAACAUGACAUUUACUAAAACAUCUCAAAAGUUUGGCCAGUGGGCUGAUAGCCGGGCAAACACUGUUUACGGAUUGGGAUUCUCCUCUGAGCAUCAUCUUUCAAAAUUUGCAGAAAAGUUUCAGGAAUUUAAAGAAGCUGCUCGUCUCGCAAAGGAGAAGUCGCAAGAGAAGAUGGAACUAACCAGUACACCUUCACAGGAGUCCGCAGGAGGAGACCUUCAGUCUCCUUUAACCCCAGAAAGCAUCAAUGGCACGGACGAUGAAAGGACGCCGGAUGUGACACAGAACUCGGAGCCAAGGGCUGAGCCAGCUCAGAAUGCGCUGCCCUUCUCACAUAGUGCUGGGGAUCGAGCCCAGGGCCUCUCCCAUGCUAGUUCAGCAAUCAGCAAACACUGGGAGGCUGAACUAGCUACCCUCAAAGGAAACAACGCCAAACUCACCGCAGCCCUGCUGGAGUCCACUGCCAACGUGAAGCAAUGGAAGCAGCAGCUGGCCGCCUAUCAGGAGGAAGCAGAGCGGCUGCACAAGCGGGUCACUGAGCUUGAAUGUGUUAGUAGUCAAGCAAAUGCUGUGCACACGCACAAGGCAGAGCUAAAUCAGACAGUACAAGAACUGGAAGAGACGCUGAAAGUGAAGGAAGAGGAAAUCGAAAGACUAAAACAAGAAAUUGAUAAUGCCAGAGAACUCCAAGAACAGAGGGACUCUCUGACUCAGAAACUACAGGAAGUUGAAAUUCGAAAUAAAGACCUGGAGGGGCAGCUGUCUGACCUAGAGCAGCGCCUGGAGAAGAGCCAGAGCGAGCAGGAGGCUUUCCGCAAUAACCUGAAGACACUCUUAGAAAUUCUGGAUGGAAAAAUAUUUGAACUAACAGAAUUACGAGAUAAUUUGGCCAAACUGCUGGAAUGCAGCUAAGGAGAGUGAAAUCUCAGUGCCAGUUGAUGAAAAGAUACUGUCUGUCUUCAUGGGACUGUUGGGGCUCUGCACCAAGAUUGCACAAAAUUUUUUGAAUAUCAUUUCCUCCAGGAGGAGGGUGUUUUGAAAAUUGGAAUUGUAUAUUUCAGUAUAAAUUUUAGAAUUUAGCUUGUAGCUAGUUGGGGAAAAAAAGACAUGAAAAACUUGAACUACAAAUUACCUCCAUGUAUAUUGGCCAUAGUUAACUGGAAAGUUAUAAGUAGACACUUAAUGCGAUCUUUCACCCCUGAUAUUAGCCAGUGGGAGAACUAACAGUGUUUGGGUCCUUUCUCCCCCCCCCCCCCCCCCCCCC